ACACCACCAAACCAAACAAAGAGAAAACCCCAAUCUCGGCCACUCCCUCCGCACGCGCGUAGCAAGGAUGGCCGCGCCCGCCGCCGCGCUCCGCCUUCUCCUGCGCCGCCGGGCGCCGGCGGCUCCGUCCCUGGCCCUGCUGCAACCUCUGUUUCCCGGGCCGUUCUCUACGCCGUGCUCCCCUCUCCUGUCCGCCGCCGCCUCUGCAGCACUGCUGGACGUGCGCCGCGCGCAGGUCGUCUCGCUGGCCCUGGCGCCGUACCUGCUCCGCCACUACUCGAGCAAGCCGAGCAAGGGGAGUGCGCCGUGGCGACCAACCAGCCGCAAGGGGAGCCCGCGCAAGAAACAGGUCAAACACUGCAGCAUUGUUACAUAUUUGGAAACACUGGUACGUAAAAUGCUGUUUCUGAAUGGACUACAAAAGGACGUGCUGAAAAGGGUUGAAAUGUUAAAUGAAACCAUGGAUGCGUGUUUGAAAGCUUCUCAUUUAUUAGUUGAUGAAGGGUGGGAUGACAGAGCUAUUGCUAUGUUUGAGAAUGCAUUGGACAACCAUUGGAAAACUUUUGCUGCCUAUGAAAAAGGGGUGGAUGAUUUUGCUAAAGCUGUUGGUAGUACUAAUGGAUUACCAGCGCAUAUUCUGGAACAAUAUCAGGCGUCUUGUAAGAAAAUGAAGGACUGUAAAAAGAUCUUGAGCAUUCUUUUUGGCAGGCAGAAGUUAGAGGAGUUGUCAGGAACUUUUGAGACCCGGAAGAUGCGGAAGAAGAUUAACAAGGCUGUUGGACUUGGGAUAUGUCUUGUUCUUACAGUGGUGAUCUGCGACAGUACGAUUUUAACCAUUUCAACAAUUACUACUCUCUAUACGGUCCAGUUAAUAGUUUGCAAGGGAUGCUGCUUCAGUUGUGCUCCUGUUGGACAGACAGAAAGCAUGGAAAUGUUUACUAUUGUAUUGGCUGCAGUCAUGCUUAUUAUGUCUCAUGUAUGGAUAUGUUGUUGGGACCAUACUCAAGUUUGAAUUGUUGUUUGCCACUAUGUUACUGUAUCACCUAUUUGUGCUGAAGAUUGUACUAGUCAAGCUUUGUACCAUGAGCGCUUCUUCCUUAA